AAGUAUAUAUCAAGUGUCAAAUAUUGAGGUAAUCAAAUUUUAUCAUAAUUAUUCGAACAGUUUAUAACUCUUGAACAGCUGUUUUCCAACAUGCCAAAGAAGAAGAAGGACAAUGAGGAACCACCAGCUCCUAUCGAGCCAGAGCCGGAAUUGCCUUUGGAGUUAGAUACUCCACCAGCAAAGACGCUCGUCUCCGCGAUGACUGGCGAACCAUUUGGGCCCAGAAUUCGUUACAUUGACGAAAACGCGGAAGCGGAAAGCUCCGACGACGAGCCAGAGUCCGAAAGCGAUAACGAGGCGAGAUUUUUAAGUGAUGACCUAAAGUCCGGUGUUCCAUCGGAGUUUUGGCACAUUCAGAAGCUGAUAAAGUACAUGAAAGCCGGAAAUCAAACAGCCACGAUGGUUUCCCUCUGUCUACUAAAGGACCACGAACUCACCUCAAUGGUGAUACAGCAUCUCAUACAUGAUAUGGGGGGUUUGGAAGUUUUGGUAAACCUUCUGGAAACUCGCGAUAUCAAGUGUCAGCUUGGGUCAUUAUCUGUGCUGUUACAACUAGCGACUAGUUCGGAUAUGAGGAAGGCUUUAAUUGAUCUUGACAUUGUGACCCCCCUUAUAAACAUCUUGAAGCAUCCAGCAAGGGAUUUGCAGGUGAUGGCUGCGGAAACUAUGGCAAAUAUUGCUAUGAUGAGGAAAGCUAGAAAACAAAUACGGAUUCGUAAGGGUAUACCUUUGAUUUUAGACAUUAUGGAUGUACCGGAUUCUGUGCUGCAAAGACCUCUCGAGGAGCUGAAAGAAGAUGAGUGCGAGCUUGUCGCCGUAGCAAUCGGAUGUGCCAAGGCACUCGAUUCUUUGAGCAGCAGUCCGAAGAUCAAAGAAGAUCUACGAAAGCAAGGGGUUGUUUUUCACAUGGCCCGCUUCUUGCGAUCUUGCCAUACGCAAUUGAUUAUUCCUACAAUGGGAGCUGUACAGCAGUGUGCCGACUUGAAAGCAUUCAGAAUAGCCUUCGAACAGAUGGGCAUAAUAACGGACAUUAUUCGUCACAUAGAAGAUAAAAAUGUGAAAUUGAAAGAAAACUGUGCAUUGGCAAUUCACAAAUGCGCUGAUAAUAAAUUGACUCGUGACAUGGUGCGUGAAGCUGGUGGAUUAGACCCUUUGUGCAAGUUGGCGCAAAGCGAUGAUGUAAGGAGUAACAAACGCCUGCUAGCUGCAGUGACGGGGGGCAUUUGGAAAUGCGCCAUGAGUCCGGAGAACAUAAGUAGAUUCAAUCAAAAUAAUUUAGUUGCAUCACUUGUGCCGCUGUUGGAAGAACACGAAGAUGAAGAUGUUUUGACAAGUGUUGUCGGCGCCCUAUCCGAAUGUUGCAAGCACCCAGAGAACAGAGAUAUACUGAGGACAUCAGGGGGCCUUCCCAAAUUGAUCAGGCUAUUGAGCUCAACUUACGAGCCAUUACUGGAAAAUAUACCUUUGGUACUAAAGGAAUGCGCCAAGGACGAGCAAUGCAUGGACAUUAUAAACGAUCCUGAUCACACAUUGGACGGCGUACGAUUGAUCUGGUCCCUACUCAAACAUCCCAACAAUAUCAUAAAGAAGAACUCGUGUUAUGCUUUAGUACCUUGCAUAAAAUAUGCCAAAGACUCACCUGAGAUGGUACGAGCCUUUGUAGGUGGUUUGGAGCUUACGGUCAGCCUAUUGGAGUCUGGGGAUGUGGACGUUUUGAGUGCAGCUUGUGCUACUAUUGCUCAAAUUGCUACAGACCCUGAAAACUUGGGCAUAUUAACAGAUCAUGGUGUUGUCAAGAUGCUGGCUGAUCUUGUAGACACUGAAAAUGAGAGUCUGAGAGCUAAUUUGGCACUGGCCAUCGCAUACUGUUGUGAAUGGGAGAAGAAUAACUAUGAGUUUGGUCGCUUGAAUGCUGUAGCUCCAUUGGUAAACUAUAUGACUAGCAAAAAUCCAGAAGUUCUCAAGGGAGUCACAAUUGCAUUUUGCCACUUUAGCAAAGAACCGCUCAAUUGCAUCACAAUGCAUACUUGUGGGGUUGUGAAGCAUGUUUUGCGUAUGGUCGGAUCUAAAGAUCCAGAGGUUCAAGUGGCGGCGGCUACAACUAUACGAAAUAUCAGAAAGCUAGCAUUGACAGCAGAAAAGUUCCACUAUGGGGAAAUAAGUUCGCUGUACGAUAUAAACUAUCAGAAUUAGCGGAACACUGCAUACAGGUUUCAAAUAAUACUUCACGAAGAAACGCUUACUGGUGCUUUUGAAGUUAGGAUAUAAAAUAAAUCGUUCUUUAUUCGUUUUUCCCAGACAAUUUAUAUUAGCUUUAUUAUUAAGUUGUAAAAAAAUUGUCUUUUGAGGCACCGCAUAAUUCUAUUUUAUAUAAAUGUAAUAUGAUCACUUGAACAUCCUAAUAGACAAAAAUUGUAACAAAUUGGUAAACCAGUGUCCUUAAUCAUCGAAUAUUUUUAUCAGAAAUAAAACACAAAAAGUAUACAACAAAGUUACGAGCUCAACAUGAGAUUCAAUUACGCCGAUUAGUAGAGAUCUGAUCAUAACUCCAAAGGACA